AUGCCGACAAUUUCUGCUAAUAUAUUUUUUAUUAUCUAUCUAUCUAUCUAUCUGUCUCAGCCUAUUCUAUCUAUCUAUCUAAGCCUAUUCUUUAUCUAUCUAUCUAUCUAUCGGUCUCAGCCUAUUCUAUUCUAUCUAUCUAUCUAUCUAUCUAUCGGUCUCAGCCUAUUCUAUCUAUCUAUCUAUCUAUCUAUCUGUCGGUCUCAGCCUAUUCUAUCUAUCUAUCUAUCUGUCGGUCUCAGCCUAUUAUAUCUAUCUAUCUAUCUAUCUAUCUGUCUCAGCCUAUUCUAUCUAUCUAUCUAUCUAUCUAUCUAUCUGUCGGUUUCAGCCUAUUCUAUCUAUCUAUCUAUCUAUCUAUCUGUCGGUCUCAGCCUAUUCUAUCUAUCUAUCUGUCUCAGCCUAUUCUAUCUAUCUAUCUAUCUAUCUAUCUAUCUGUUUGUCUUUUUCAUUCUAUCUAAUAUCUAUCAUCUAUCUAUCUAUCUAUCUAUCUAUCUGUCGGUCUCAGCCUAUUAUAUCUAUCUAUCUAUCUAUCUAUCUAUCUGUCGGUCUCAGCCUAUUCUAUCUAUCUAUCUAUCUAUCUAUCUAUCUAUCUAUCUAUCUGUCGGUCUCAGCCUAUUAUAUCUAUCUAUCUAUCUAUCUGUCGGUCUCAGCCUAUUCUAUCUAUCUAUCUAUCUAUCUAUCUAUCUAUCUAUCUAUCUAUCUAUCUGUCGGUCUCAGCCUAUUAUAUCUAUCUAUCUAUCUAUCUAUCUAUCUAUCUCAGUACAUAUUGUCGUUGUCCAUUUUGCCUCGCACGUUCAGGAUUGGUUGAUAUUUUAUUUCUUACUCCUUUCUGCUAACCUGACUUCCACAGCUCAUCUCUUUAUUAUAUCUUUCUCUUUCUUUUCAGUUGCCUUUUUUAUUCCAAAAAAAAUCGUUCUUUUUUUUCUUUUUUUUUUUUCAUUCUUCGUAUUUACAUUUGUUUGUUUUUCAUUUUUCUAUUUUUCUUUUGUUUCUCCUGUUUUUUUUUGGUCUUUCUUCUUAUCUUUCCCUUUCUUUCUUCUCUUUUCUUUCUUUCUUUCUUUCUUUCUUUUUAGCUCUUUUAAUUUCUCUCUCUCUCUCUCUCUCUCUCUCUCUCUCGCACUAUCACUCAUUUUUCUCUUCUUUUCUAUUUGUCAUUACGUUAUUUUUUUCUUUCUUUUUUUCUGUAUUUCUUAUUGUUUUUUUUUCUUUUUCUUCUUUAUUCCUUUCUUCAUUUUUUCUUUCUUAACCUUUCUUUUUUCGUUUCGUUUCUUUCUUUCUUUCUUUUUUUCUUUUUUUCUUCGCUUUUAUUUCACUUUUUUCUAUCUUUCACUCCCCGCCUCUUUCCUUUUCCAUUUUUCUCAUCUGAGUUGGUAUUUCUUUCUUUCUUUCUUUCUUUUCAUUCACUUUCUUUCUUUCUAUCUUUCACUUCCCCCUCUUUCAUUUUCUUUUCUUUCUCACAUUUCAACUUUUUCUUUCACCCUUUCUUUCUACUUGUUUAGCUUUUGUUAUCUCUUUCUUUCUUUCUUUCUUUCUUUCUUUCUUUCUUUUUAA